AAUAUUCGGAUUUUAUUCUGAGAAUGAUAAUUUAAGUUAUUCUCAGAAAUAAAUAAAUUUGUUAAAAUGUGUUUUAAAAUUCUGAUAAACAUGAGAGUUUGCAGAGUUGAUCUAUAAUUUUAACCAUCAGCAUUUUGUUGUUUUACCAGAUUAAUCUGGAUUAUGAUGUCUUUAAAAUGAUCAUAUUCAUGUUUUCAUGAUAACCAGCUUUUAUAAUCUGGAGAACAUGUUGGUCACGUUAUACAUAUUACUUGCCUCAUGAAAACAUUAACAUCCUAUUUUUAUUUUAUGGAUCGUAUUUUCUGCUAUAGCCACCAUUUUUAUGGAGUUUAUAUUUUACUGUUGACUCUUCCUGAUGGCCGGCGCUGGCUGCUGCAGUAAUUAUUAUUUUCACUUAAACAUUAAAAUCAGAAAGGUUCAGUUCUGCUUUUCAUCUUUCAGAAACUUUCACUGACUGGAUGUUGAUUUAUGAAUAUUAUAAAGAAAUGCUGUAAACUUACUGUAAUUCUUUGCAGUUAAUUUAAAGCUCUGAAGCUGAACUUGUCGCCGCCAUCCGGCCUGAUGUGUUGCUAGGUAACCCAGUCUGACGCUCUUAUGACGUCAUCACAUCAAGAGGUUUCGUCAGCGUCACGUCCCGCAUCACCUGCAAGCACUCUGCUCCGCCAGCCGGCAUUUCAGUGAUAACGGAGGAGUUUCUAUGGUUACCGGUUCGGUCCACUCCAGACCCAGCCAGCCGUCACAGGGCCGACCCGCUGUAACUACGCUGUAAUUCUGCUGUAGUUCGGAUAAGUAACUCUGCUGUGAUGGAUACACAGAGUCGCCGCAUCUCACUGAGAUCUUUCAGCCUGAAUGCAGCAGCAGCUGAUGUUCCUACGUUCAUGAACGCAUCACAUGAACUCUGCUGUCUCUGAUAUUUCCUGAAACACCUGAAUUAAUGUCGCCAGGCUGCUCCCCGGUUCUCCCUCUGCUGAUGUGGUUCAGUUAUGGUCGGGUCUUUAACACAUUCAUUUUGAUGAAUCAAUUAAGACAAUUUUAAUCACAUUGUUCCCCAUGCAAACCUUCCGACCGGAACGUCUGUAUUCGUGUGUUUCCGGAAUGACAGUUAAUCUGACGCACAGAUGACAGCCGCUAGCAGAAGCUGCUCCUCUGGGCCGUUGGGGGUUAUUUUUCUCAUCUAAAGACUGUUGUUGUGCUAAAAGCUGCUAGCCUUUAGCUUUUAGCACACAGUCGGAUUAAUGUUGAUUAAUUUAGUUUUUAGGAUUUAGUUUGUUUUUGUCAGUCUGCCUGACCUGUUGGACUCUAAACCGUCCCGCUCCAGGCGAACUUGAUAAGUAUUCACAUCCCUGCAGGUGUUGAACAGGUUUUAAUUCUGAAUAUAAUCUCUGCUGUUCCAGUUUCAUACUUAUACUAACAAUCUGCCCUUUUAAUGUUCAGAUACAUGUUUUUGAUGUAUUUUACCACAAUCCUCUGGACCAGAGAAGCUGCCAAUAACUGCACACCAUUUGUGUUGAAUCAAUGCGCUGCCAUGUUUUUCAGUCUUUAUUCUGUCUUUUUUUUUUUUUUUUUUUGCUACUGUUGCAGCAGAAUUUCUGCAGAAUGUGGGAGAAUAAAAGCAGAUUUCUGCUGUAUUCUAACCUCAUCAGCUCUGCUGGUUCUGCUGGUUCUGCUGGUUCUGGACGGCAUCUUAUCACCUGGAAGCAGCCAGAGAAAGAAAAUUGGAGAAAUCCAGAGUGCUGCGACUGGCGGAUUGAAACUGCGGCGCCAUGUUUACCUGCAGCGUUGUCACGGUAACGGCCCAUCAAGAUGUCUCCUCAGAAACGUGCAGAGGUCUCACAUAAAGACCCGUCUGCUGCCGGACGCAGAGGAGCCAUGAAGACCAAGAAAUGUUUCCAUCUGGCUCUUCUGGUGAUGUUGGUCUGCGACGUCCCACCGACUCCUUCCACGUUCAGCUCCUCGUCCUUCAGAGACUUUCUGGUCUCGUCUCCUCAGGAUGCUGACGGCACCUCCAGCCAGCGGUACCCGGCCCAGACGAGCACCGGCCCAAACAGCCUGAAAAUGAAACUGCUUUACCCUCCAACUCCUCUCUGCAGCCAUGGCUUCAGGUUUCACUUCCAUCCUCAGAAUCAGGAGAUUUUCAGGUCUGGGGAGAUUUUCCACGCCGCCCUGCAGAUCCUGAAAAAUGCAGCAAAGCAGAAAUAUAACAGGAACUUCACAGCAUCAGAGCUUUUGUCACGGGAAAACCUGGAGCUGCUUGCAGAGUUGUCUCAGUGUCCGACUGAAACGGAUCCAGCCGUCUGUGAAGGAAGUCAUCAUGACAAAUAUCGCAGCAUAUCAGGAGUCUGCAACAACAGCCGGUUUCUUCCUUCUGUCAGACAGAAUCCUGACUGGGGCGCCGCCAACACGGCUUUGGUCCGAUGGCUUCCAGCUGAAUAUGAGGACGGAGAAGAGGAACCCAGAGGCUGGGACCCCCAGCGGCUCCAUCAUGGAUCCCAGCUUCCCCCGCCGCGGCGUGUCAGCAGGGAAGUGGUGAGGACUUCCUGUAAGGGCUCAGACGCUGCGUACUCCCAGCUGCUGGCGGACUGGGGUCAGUACAUCGACCACGAUGUGACCCUGACGCCGCAGAGCCUCAGCGGAGCCGCUUCCUGGGCGCAGCGGGACUGCCGCACGUCGUGUGGAAACCUGCAUCCCUGCUUCCCCAUCCAGACUCAGGACUCCCUUUGCAUGCCGUUCCAUCGCUCCACGCCGGCCUGCAGCUCCAGGACCGGCUCCGGCAUCCUGCGGGCUCUGCAGCGGCAGCAGCUGAACGCUGUCUCGUCCUUCAUCGACGCCUCUCUGGUGUACGGCCACACGCCGCAGCUGCAGCGCGACCUCCGCGACCUCUCCGGCCGCAGUGGGAAGCUGGCCGUAAACGGCCGCUUCCGGGACCGGCAGGGCAGACCUUACCUGCCCUUCGUAGCGGCGACGCCGUCGGCGUGCGGCCGGGGAAUGGAGUGUUUCCGGGCCGGAGACGGCCGGGUCAACGAGGGCCUGCCUCUGAUCGCGCUGCAUACGCUGUGGCUCCGGGAACACAACCGCCUCGCAGAGACCCUGAAGCUCAUCAACCAGCACUGGAGCCCCGAGGCCGUGUUCCAGGAGGCACGCAAGAUCGUUGGCGCCCUGCACCAGAUAAUAACGAUGAGAGAUUAUAUCCCUAAAGUAAUUGGUGUGGAGUCGUUUGAACAGCACAUUGGACCCUAUGGCGGGUACGAUCCGACGGUGGACGGCUCGGCCUCCAACGUGUUCGCCACAGCGGCCUUCAGGUUUGGCCACGGCACCAUUCCUCCGAUCCUCAGCAGGCUGAACGAGAGCUUUCAGGAAGACCGGCGCUUCCCCCACCUGAGACUUCAGCAGGCACUCUUCAGUCCCUGGAGGAUCGUUAAAGAAGGUGGCAUCGAGCCGACCUUGCGGGGCAUGGUUGCCACGGCGGCAGCGGUGACGGCUCCGGACUCCCUCCUGGUGGAGGAGGUAACGGAGUCGCUGCUGGUUCUGGACUCCCAGCAGAACCUGGAUCUGGCUGCUCUGAACCUGCAGAGGGGGCGGGACCACGGACUGCCAGGAUACAACGACUGGAGGGAUUUCUGUGGACUGAAGCGCAUUGCGACUUUGGACGACCUGGCAGAAGUCGUGAGAGAUCGCAGAGUCGCUGAGAAGAUUCUUCAUUUAUACCAGCAUCCUGACAACAUCGACGUUUGGCUGGGAGGACUGGUGGAAAACUUCCUGCCCGGCUCCAGAACUGGCCCACUGUUCGCCUGCCUGAUCGGAAAGCAAAUGAAGCUUCUGCGUGACGGAGAUCGGUUUUGGUGGGAAGCGGACGGCGUGUUCACCCGGCAGCAGCGGGAGCAGCUGUGGAAAACUUCUCUGUCUCGGAUCAUUUGUGAGAACUCGGACAUCCAGGAGAUUCCUGCGGAUCCCUUCAGGCUGGCUCAGUACCCGGCCGGCUUCCUUCACUGCAGCGCCGUCCCGGCCCUGAGCCUGGAGGCCUGGAGAGACGAGCCGAGUCUCGGCCUGCGACUGUGUGGCUCUCCGCGGCCCGUAGACAACGGAGAUUUCCUGUUUUCCUCUAGAUCUGGAAAGCUGACGGCUCAGUACGCCUGUUUCCAUGGUUUCCAGCUAGAGGGCGCCACUGAGGCGGUGUGUGAAGGAGGCGUGUGGAGCGCUGACCCGCCUCGCUGCUCAGCUUCUCAGCCCCUGAUGAUGUGAGGAGGGCCGCCGAGCAGCAGGUCAGAGGUCAGAGGUCAGCGCCUGGGACUUCCUCACCAAGUCCCUGUUCAGCUCCGCCGUCCUGCAGAACGCUUCGUGUCUCACCUUCCAGAAGCUGAGUCUGUUUUUAGUCUCAGCAGGACCAACUGAACGCUCACUGAAUUAUAAUAUUUCUUGUUAAACAUUAAAAUCUGUCAUAAAUUCUGACUCAUGUUGUUUUAAAUGUUGUGACUUUUUUACACUUCUAUGUUAAGUAUAAUUUACAUGAUGAUUAAUAUUAAUUGAAUAUAAUUACAAAAGCUGAAGUGAAAGUGCGAGGCACGAUUUAUUUGGAUAGAGUCUUUUAUUUUGAAGAAUGCUUCACAGGAUGUGGUUCUGUCUUUUGUCUUGCUUUUGUUGACUUUUGGUUGCUAGGUAACGAUCAGCUGUCGCCGUUUCUUCCUCAAUAAAAACUGAACAGAAAUGUUCAGGAAAAGA